AUGUCCUCCGUCUGGGCGCUGGCCGACCGCCUGGUGCUGGGCCUGGCCGAAGCGUCCCAAGGCUGCGAGAACCUGCUGGCACGGCGAGAGCUUGUCAUCAACCUGCCCGGCCCGGCCCAGCACGAGGGCGUCGAACGGCUGGCCCCGACGACCGGGCGCUGGCCGGUGCCGGUGGACAAGGCCGAGAUGGGCUAUCGCCACGUCGAGGACAAGUUCGCCCUCACCGGCUGGCGAGCACUGCCCUCAACACGUGUGAGGCCGCAUCGCGUGGCGCAGUGCCCGCUGCAGAUCGAGGCCCGGCUGCUGGCGGCGCACCCUUGCCAGCCCAGCGCCGACGGCGCGGCUCCACCGCUGCGCAUCCUGGAGGUCGAAGUGCUGCAGGUGCACGCGCACGAGACCAUCGUCCAGCCCGCCAGCCAGCACAUCGACACCGCCCGUUGGCAGCCCCUGCUUUACGUGUUCCGCCACUACUUCGGCACCGGGCCGCGCCUGGGCCGCAACUUCCGCGCCGAGACCUGA